AUGGUAAGUAAUCGUUAUCAUGGCACACGUCAGCAGAGAGCGCCCUCUCACGUCAUCAAUGCUGGACCAGGUGCAAUGAAAUUGGGUGGUAAAUCUCGCGAUGUGGAUUCCUUUGUUGAUCAAUUGAAGGAGGAGGGAGAAAAUGUUGUGUCAGGGCCUCUUGCAGCUCCUGGAACGAAAAUAGCACCAAUCACUCCUCAAAUAAUGAACACAGAAUUGGUUCAUUUGAGGCAAGAGGAAAGACUCAACGUACGUGUCGGUCGAGACGGAGGUUUACAGAACUUCGAGUUGCACGGCUUGGUGACUUUACACAUCUCCGACGAGAAAUGGGGGCGUAUCCGUGUGCAAGUUGAGAACAGAGACACGAGAGGCAUUCAAUUACAAACUCAUCCAAAUGUUGACAAGGAAUUAUUCAGAGCGCAUGGACAAAUAGGUCUGAAAGUACCCACAAAACCAUUUCCACUGAACACUGACGUCGGUGUGUUGAAAUGGCGUUUCCAAGCCCAAGACGAAACAGCAUUACCAAUUUCAAUAAAUUGUUGGCCUUCUGAAAACGGAGAGGGUGGCUGCGAUGUGAAUAUCGAAUACGAAUUGGAGCAGGCUGAUCUCGAAUUGAAUGACGUCCAGAUAAACAUUCCUCUAUCUAUCGGAUGCAAUCCUAUUGUUAGCGAAUGCGACGGACAGUAUACGCACGAAGCACGACGAAACACGUUAGUUUGGUCUUUACCAGUGAUCGAUGCUUCGACAAAAUCUGGCUCGAUGGAAUUUUCGGCCCCUUCUUCUACACCUGCAGAUUUCUUCCCACUUCACAUCUCGUUUACAUCUAAAACGCCGUAUGCCAAACUCAAGGUUAGCGAAGUUUUGCUUGUAGAAGAUGAGAGCCCUGUUAAGUAUUCAGUAGAAACUGUAUUCUUUACUGAUAAUUAUGAAGUUGUAUAAGACAGAAAGAAUAGAUAAAAUAUUUGUGCAUAUAAGAGAAUAUGAAAAUAGAGGCACAGUUCACACACACACACACACACACACAGUGAGACGUGAAACGUUAUAAUUAAUAAUCAAGAUUGAUUACUGUUUGAGUUUUAAUUUUAUUGCCAUAGUCAUUUCUUGAUGAUCGAUGAGUAUACGUUGGUAUAUUUACAUACACGCCUCAAUUUUUAUUAUUAUACAAUUUAAUAACUGUCUGAUGCCGAAUAAGUUUGUAAAAAAGAAGAUAUAUUCUCUAAUUAGAAAAAAAAUUGGACUCACGAUGAAAACUUAUCGUAUAUUUACAUUUUAUUUGAUACAUAUAUUUUAGUAUAUUACAAUAGCGCGCCUGAAAAGGGGAUUGUAUUAUUACCAAAUAUAUCAAAUUUUGUUA